UGCGUUCGUCAGGAUAGGACUAAUGACGCUUCUUAUCACCCUUCCGCACUGCUGUCACGGCUGUUCCCUGACUUGGGUCUUUGUCGUGCACAUGUGUGCACAGAAGCCCGCUAAGGAACCCGGUAUAACAAGAAAUCAGGUUGCUCCGGUGGAAAUGAAGCAGCCAAAUUUCUCUUAAGCCUUGACUCCAGCCAGGAAAACGAGCUAACUUUACUUUAAAGAUUACAUCUAGGUGCUUUGCAGCGACGCGGCUACUUUUAUGAAUGUGACUGCACACAUUGUUUCUUCACCCCUUUGGAGUUAACAUGGCUCUCCAUCCAGACACAGACAACAACACUACUACCAGCCAAUCAAGUCUCUCUCUGUCUGCGCCGCGGAAAAGAACAACCAAUAGGAGGUCGGAGAGCUUCCAGUAAUAAGAGCUGGAGGACCAAUCCUUGAGAUCUGUCUGGAUCUGCUGGGGAAAGGAACAGCCAGUCAGCUGUCUGUCUGGACUUCAUGGAGUGACUGCCUGACCAAUAAGCUGUCUGUCUGGCUGCACCGAGGGGGUGAGCGUUUGUCGAGGCCCAAUCAGGGGCUCAGUGCUGUCUGCCGGUGCCGGGGACUGGUGGUGAGGAGCCGCUGCAGCGCGUCAGGACCGGACCGUGAACCCGGAGACGGUACACACCGAGGCGAAAGGAGACACAGGAUGGAGCGGAUGUCUGAGGAGGCGUUGAGGCUCAACCUACUGAAGCGAGGCCUGGAGUCACCCAGUGAGCGAGAGGAGGCGCUGGCUAAGCGCCUCAAAAUGGAGGGCCACGAGGCCAUGGAGCGCCUCAAGAUGCUGGCGCUACUUAAACGCAAAGACCUAGCUGAUCUAGCAGCCCUGGAGGUGGCGGGUCCUCUGGGAGAUGGGAAGGGCCCUGGGGCCAGCACCCUUCACCACCAGAGCCUAAUGGGUGCUGCUUAUGAGGAGAAGCUGAAUGGGAGUCUGAGGCUGGGAGGCCACGGUGUCCAUGUUGGAACCAGUAAGAAUGGCAAGGAGAACAUCCUGGAUGAGCCUGUGGAUAUGAGUGCAGGGAGAAGAUGUGAGGCGGACCAUGACAGGCGAACUCCAUCUCCAGAUGUUAUCAUCCUAUCAGACAACGAGGCAUCCAGUCCCAGAACAACCCCACGCCCUGAGGAGCGGCUGCAUAAAGCCAACCUGGACAUGUUCAAGGGGAAGACAGGAGAGGAAAGGCAGCAGAUGAUCAAAGCUCUGAGGGAGGAGCUGCGUCUGGAGGAGGCCCGCCUAGUGCUGCUCAAGAAGCUCAGGCAGAGUCAGAUGCAGAAGGAGAACGUGGUGCAGAAGGUCCCAGUGGUCCAGAACGCUGCAUCCUCUGUGCAGCCUCCUCCCAUCCACAGCUCUUCUGGCCUGGGGAAGCUGCCUGUGAGGCCAGGCCUGCACAACCCGGAGCCUCAGAACCUCCGCACCGCACAGGGUCAUACAGUCAUCAGGUCAGCAGCCAAUGCCAACCUGCCACCCAUGCUGAUGUCCCAGCGAGUGAUAGCCCCCAACCCUGCCCAGCUGCAGGGCCAGAGAGUCUCCUCCAAGCCUGGGAUGUCCCGCUCCAGCUCCAGCAUGGCCAGUCCCGUCAGCUACCAACAGGCCAGUCAGCAGGUGGCAGCUUCCCAGCGCUCAGGCUCCAGUGCUAUGUACAUGAACCUGGCCCACAUGCAGGCAGCAGCAGCAGCGGGGGCCAGCGCGGUGGCAAGUGGCUUGGGAGGCGCCUCAGCCGUCAGCCCAUCCACCAUGUCCAGCUCAGCCAGCGGAGGGGUGAGCUCCAUGGCAGACCAGGCCAGCAGCCAGGCAGCAGCCAAGUUGGCCCUGAGGAAGCAGCUGGAGAAAACCCUGCUGGAAAUCCCUCCACCCAAACCCCCAGCCCCACUGCUCCACUUCUUGCCCUCUGCCGCCAACAGCGAGUUCAUCUACAUGGUGGGCCUGGAGGAGGUGGUGCAGAGUGUGCUCGACAGUCAGGGUAAACUCAGAGGGACGCUUGCCCGCAUGGAGCCUUUCUUCUGUGCCCAGUGCCGAACCGAUUUCACCCCCCACUGGAAGCAAGAGAAGAGCGGGCGAAUCCUCUGUGAGCAGUGCAUGACGUCCAAUCAGAAGAAGGCCCUGAAAGCGGAGCACACCAACAGGCUGAAGAACGCCUUUGUCAAGGCUCUGCAGCAGGAGCAGGAGAUUGAACAGAGGCUGCAGCAGCAGGCAGCCCUCUCUCCCAGCUCAGCCCCGACGGGCCCCAAUGCCUCCAAGACUGACACCAUGAUCCGACAUCAUGCCCUCCGCCAGGCUCCUCAGCCUCAAGCCUCCCUGCAGCGAGGUCUGUCCAACUCAGCGCGAGGUGUUCUGUCCAACUUCGCCCAGGCUUCCCAGCUGUCAGUGGCCAGCAGCCUCAUGGGAAUGACUAGUGCCAAGCACUGUGGCAGUGGUGGAGGCAGCAGCAGCAGUAGCAGCAAUAGAUUGCAGCAUGACAGCCGUCGCCAGAUUUACAACAUCCCAGGGUUAAAUAUUGCCUAUCUGAACCCAGCGGCAGUUGGAGCCCAUAAGAGUUCCAGCUUAGCAGACCGGCAGAGAGAGUACCUGUUGGACAUGAUCCCACCUCGAUCCAUAUCGCAGUCCAUCACCGGACAGAAAUGAGCCCGGCCUAGCCCUCCUACCCCUCUGAAGCCACCUUCAUACUACCCUCGUACCCCAUACUAAAGCACUCCUAGAUCAACCAACAUCCACACCCCACCCCACCCCACCCCCAUCGCAUGCAGUGCCUGUCCGUGUGCCUACCUUAAACCAAUCCAUGAAAUCCCACCAAGUCGGACAAAGACACUAAACUGUCAGUGCAUCUCAGAUGUUCUUAUUAUAGUAAAAAUCUUCUUUGUCAGCGUUGUUUAACAAUUAUAAAUCCCAUUAUUAUUGCUGUUGGUAGCACUAUUAUUAUACCUGCAACUACCAUUUUUGCUUCAGUUACUAUUACUCAUGCUUUUUUUCUUGUAUAAGUGCUUGGCCCAUUUUUUGUUUCUCUGCUGUCUCUCCUUUACUAUGAGGAGUGAUGGUGAAUCAUUGUAGGGCCACUUUAGGCCAAAAUCAUAUAGGAUUUUUUUUUCUCCACUCAAUUAUAAAGUUUAGAUGUGACUAUUGCUAGUAACAGAAGAUCAACAGGGUGAAUUCUGGUUGCUAUGCGACAUAAAGUUUAACAACUCUGAAGCUUUGUAAAAAAAAAAAGAAAAAAAUGUCUUGCUAACUUGGUGUUACAAAGUGGAAAAUACUGAUAGGAACCAAACCAGACAAUAUUAAGUAAGUACCUGCUCUGCUUGCUCUUGAAAAGAUUAGGAGCGCAUUCUAAAAAAAUAUGAAAAUGCACCCACAUUUGUAUCAUUUUGUUGAAAAGGUCAGUUUCAAGAGCUGUUUUUCUUUCACACUGAAACGCAGCCAAAACGCAAAACAAAAAAAAAAAAAAAAAAACACCUUCAACUGGGAGUUCAGGGUAGCACCCCCACAUUUUGAGGAGACCCCCUGCUACCAUCAGAGCUAAUCAACUGGAAAUGACUGACAAAAGGUGCAUAUGUGUACAAAAGAGAAUCCUAUGUGAUCUGAGAAAACCUUUUCCUUUGCUAAUCGGCUCCCACCAUUUUCCAUCAAAAGGUCAUGAUUAGUUCCUUCAUUUCAGAUAUCCUGUUAGAGAUUUUAACAGUUACUUGACGGAUGCACACGGGACAUGAUGUCGUUGUACUAAUCAGGACUGGCGGACGCAGCAAUGUCCCAACUGCAUCUUCAGUGGACCAGCAGCUGAUGCAGACUUGAGCGAGGAGGGAGGUAACAGGAGGAUGUUAUCUACCAAUAGUUCACAGGGGGAUGAUGGUCUCCUCUCAGAGUAAAGCAAGUUGAUUUUUCCUCCUGAUUACAUCUCAUCUCACCUCACUACCUGCCACUGACCCCUCCACGCCCCGCCCCCCCCCUCCCACCCCAAAAUACCUUUGGUUAACCAGUAUGCACAGACUGAACCCUUUUUAUCCAGCAGCUCCUCUUGGCAUCACAAGUUCUUUGAGAAAGUGAAAAGAACUCAAUCUGUAGGUGGGAACACAUUUUGUGUGUCCAAACCACAGAUUCUGUAACUAGAAACCUAGAAAUCUGGGUUCCUUUUCUUGAUAUAUUUGGGUUUUUAGAUUGGAUUCUGAUUGUUGUCCCGCCCCCACCUCACCUUCUUUUUUCCUUUUUUGUUUAUUUCUUUGUUUUCUUUUGUUUUUGCGGCGUCUCUCAAUGAAAUGGUGGCGUACCUGAGAGGUAUUAGCCCCUGGAGACGAUAAUAAUCAGCAUAGCUUAAAAACAGAAACUAUUGAAAUAUCUGUAUGGAUUAUGUAUAGAUACCUAGCUUCAGAGGGAAAAAAGGAUGUGGAUUAUACUUUUAUGGGAGAGACAUGGAUCAAUCAUUGUGUGCAAGGUCUGCACACAAGUUGCCUCACUCCAGAGGAGCACUUUGCAUAUUUCCAAUUGGAAAAAACAUUUUUUUUUUUUUUUUUUUAAAAAGAGAAAAAGAAUGUUACAAUUUGCGAGUGGCUGCGGUCUGGAUGCUGGCUGGUGGAUAACCAUAGAGUCAGGGAAGAUGUCCUGAAUAUUUUGGAUUGCAUCAACAUGUUUCAGUGGAUGAUGAAUGGUUUUAUCACAAUGUGCUUGGCAGUGUUCAUCUCUGUAAAUGUUGGACUUUGCAAAUCCCUAGAGUCCGGUGAGCCUAAAUUCAACCCAAUCUGUAUUUAAGUUGCUGCUGCAUCAGUACAUGGUCCCAUUUACUGUCUAGGAAACCCAGCAAUAACUGAAAAAAAAAACAAAAAACAUUCAUCCAUUUAAGUCAAGUUAUUCUCCUUUUUAAUGCAGUGUCACCACAGCAAUCCCACCUCAUGUUUAAAAGGUCUCACUCGAAACAAAUCCACCAUCGGACCUGAUGGAGGGUGUGUUUGGAUCCACUCUGGUAUUGCCAUACUGGCGCACAGUAAAAAUACUACCCUAAGCGUGUCAGACCCUCCCUGACCAAACCAAAUGAAGACUUUGUGUUUCUUGUGAUAAAUGAUCUAGUUUUGUUGAACACCAUUUGAAGAGAACAGAAAUACUGACCUUGUGCAGACAGUAGCAGAAAUAAUUGUACCAAGAGAGACGGGUAGUUUAGACCACUGUCUAACACCAACAUACACAUAGACUACUCAUGGGAAUGGGUUUUAUUGAGCCUACUGUCGCACACCUCUACAAAGAAGAAAGUGUUCAGGUCAGGUCUAUGUUGUUUUUGGUACUGGCUGUCAGUACCCCAUUGGUAUAACUCUAAUCCAAAGUGUACUAAAAACACUUCACUGGUUUCCUCAGGAGUGGUGGGCUCCCAGUUCGCAGUAUCUCAGGCAUUUCUAGCAGUGUUCAGUCAAUGUGCAGUAUUAUUCAUGGAACAUGGUGACUCCUUACAGAAGGACACAAUAGGCUGUGAAAACACUUUGGGUUCGAAAAGGGAGAAACAUGCAGUUUACACAGGGCACUGAGCUGAUCAGCCAGAUUAGUCCAAUAACUAACCGAGAGGGAAAGGCCUCAGUUUACAAAUAAGUAUCAAAUUGUCAGCUGUCACUACUUCUUCUUAGUCUAUGAAAUCUUAUAUCUUAUUUGGAAAUGUGCACAUAACAAAGAGAGCAAAGAGUGUCAGUAUGAUGCCUGAAGUCUAACCCAUGUGGAACAGCAUGCAGGUGAACUGCUGAUUGAGAACAUCCAGAGUGUAUUGUGGUGAAACAGCAUAGUACAGGUUCAUUAUGGAGACAGCAGAUGGUCAGACACACCUUCUGGUUGCUUUAUUGGAUUCCUUCAGUUCUUGGGUAAUGGCUAAAUGUUUCUAACAAAUCUCUCAGUAUCUAUGCAGUUCCUGUAUGUGAAUGGAACGAUCAUUGUUUAUGUCUGUGUUUGGAUAGUAUAAGCUUGUUGUCUAUCUCUGGUUACAUUACAGUCAGUUCAUUCUGGACUCAUACUCCAACUAGUCCUGGUCAGCUUUGUGGAGACACUCGUGUUCCGAAACUUUGUCAGGCACAUCACUAAAAAUAAACUAAUUUUGAACGCGGUAAACAUAAUACCUGCUACUUCCUAACGUUGUCAUUUUGCACAUUAGCAUCCUGACAUCGGCAUAUAGUUAUAGACUCUUAUUCUUGUUUAUGCUUUUUCUGUUGAAUGGCAAGCCUUGCAACAAUAAAAGAUGAAGCUAAGAUGCCACUUAAACUUUCUUAAAGUAUCACUAAAUAAAAAGACAAAAAAGCAAAUAGGUUUUAGCUUCCCAAUUCAAUUCAAUUCAGUUUAUUUAUAUAGCGCCAAUUCACAACAAAAGUUAUCUCAUGACACUUUCCAAUUAGAGCAGGUCUAGACUGAACUCUUUAAUUAUGUUGUAAUACAAAGAACCUAACAUUCCCCCAGCAAGCACUUGGCGACAGUGGAGAGGAAAAACUGCCUUUUAGAAGGCAGAAACCUCGGAGCAGACCCCGGCUCAAGAUGGGUGGCCAUCUGCCUUGACUGGUCCCACUGAGAAUAAAACGGGAAAAGAAACAAAAGCACUUCAUAUAUCAGAACUGGCCAGGCCUUUGACUGAAAAAUAACUACUGUCUGUACAACAGCAGAAGAUGAGAGAAGUAGUGUUAAUUAUUGGUGAAUUAGCCCACCAACCAUUUAGCUAAGCUAGCUAACAAAGCCCUACUUCUUGGAAGGAUUUCUGUUCUCUCCUGAGCUAUGUUUCUUGAACCAGGACAAUUUUCUCAAACCCAAGAUAGUACCACAGUAAUAUAUAUAUAUAUAUUUACUUAGCAAAAAAAAAUUUCUCUUCAAACUGGUCACUUAACUUUUACUAGAAUGUUAUUAAAUUUACAGCAGCAGUCUUUUCAGGUGUCUCUGAUUCUACAGUCGUCAGUGUAUCUCGUAGGUAACAGUCAGCUGUCCAGUGGAAGCCUUUGACGGAGCUUCUCCAGCUUGAGAGAUUUGUGAUGUAACUGCACAGCCUCUGCGCUUCUCCUGUCACUGCAUUGCUUUUCUUUUUUAAAGAUGAAUCGUCAUGUUACACUCUGCAUUGUUACAUUUCCACUAUUCAUAUGGGCUCAGUGGUUAAGAGGUGGGGUUUUUUUGUUUUGUUUUGUUUUUCCAGCCCGACUUUCAGAAGGACGUCUAUGGGUUCAUCACAUUAAGAUGCAAGGGAAAAUGUGCUUGAGGAAUCCAGACCAGCCUGUCACCACAUCAGAAUGAUCCAAUAAUUAACAGCCCAGUGAAAGAUUUAGGUCAAGAAUAGGAAACUACCUAAGAUUCGAUUGGGAAAUGUAAACUCAAGUUUACAGAAACAUAAUUUUUCAUUAUUGUAUAAAAAAAAACAUGAAUGAGUUUUCACUGUGGUGGAACUGUUGAAAUUGGAUGUAGAGAUAUAUUUUCAUGUAAAUUUUUACUGCCACUGACAAUUUGAUUUUAGUAAUGUUAUUGUCAUGCAUCUCCUUUUGCUGCCAAGCUGAAGUCUAAGGGGAAAAAAAAAAGCUCCUGUCUCUCUUUGCUCUUUUGCAGAUGCAUCCACACACCUUUUUAUUUGGACUGCAGAUUUUUUUUUUUUUUUUUUUCAAAUUUCAGUUUUUUUAGUUCUAAAAGUCAUUCUUUUUCUGAUGUCUCAGUUGAAUUUUGUUUUCUUUUUAUUGCAGUUUUAAAAAAUAAACAAAUGUAUUGACUAUGAAAUAAAUGACACAAUAUUUGCUAGGUUUGAAGUAAUAAUGACUUAUUGUACAUAAGCAUUUUUUCCUCCCUUGUACUGAAAAAAGAAAUUAAAUGGUUGUAUAUUGUGUAGAAAAGCAAACAAAAAGCCAUGAAUAUUGUGAAGCUUGUCAUUUCGUUUUGUGAUCACUGUGUAUUAUUGUGUAACAAAUGUGCAAAAUGUUUGGGAUUCUUUCCCCCCCCCUCCUCUGCUUCUUGAAGUGGUCUCCCUGGAUGCAUUCGCUUUGGUUGUGGACUAGUUAGAGUUUGCAGGAAAGUGUUCAUUGGUUCAGACAAACGGGGUCUGCAGUCUGGUACAUGUUACCCAUCUGAACACUUCUUUUAUUUUCGACGUGACAGAAUCGUUCCUGAACUUGCUCUAGAUAAAAGCACUUUGAACGUUUAACUGUGUGUUUUGAAUUACUUGGACACAAUUGAGGGACCCUCUUGAACUUAUGGUUUGGUCCAGUAUCAGUUUGCUGACACUGGCCUCUCACCAAAGGACCAGACUGAUUUUUUUUUUCUCCCAACAGUAUUGCUGACCUCUUUCUUAUGUCCACAUAUUCAGGCAGAUGCAGCCUCCUAUGCACCACUGAGACUUGAAAUUUGCUGGACUGGACAGUAGGUGCUUUUUGCAUUGUUGAAAGAUGCCAUUUAAAGAGGCAAACUUAAAAUUUCUCUGUCCUAACGAAAUGACGGGAGCAUAGGCAAAAAUAUAAAUGGACACUGAGGAAUGGUCAGCCAUGUUUUCAUGAUUUGUGGUAAUUGGACAGAACCUUAGAAAAACAUUGCUAUGGUCCUAACAUGAGGUUUAGGAGGGUUCACCAUGGUUUGCUUGCUGAGGCCUGUUGUCUAAGAAGUUAUUUUCGGAGGUUAACGUUAUUGGAGUUUUUGGCAUGAAAUUGUCAGUUUUAUACAGAAGUUCAGGCUUUAAAGUUCCAUCUAUGUAUAAUAACUAAUGUCAGGGAAACCCUGGUCUGACCUUGUUUCUGAUAAACGGCUGCAGCUGCUCCUUGACCUGAAAAGAGCUGACCCUGAAUCUCUGAUCACUUUUCCUGCCAACGGCAUACAACAUUUAUGGUCCUCUACUGUUUGGCUUUAUCUUCUAUUAGUUGUUGUUGCUAAUGCAGGGAAAACAUUUAAUUGCAAAAUCAGUUUUAUCAAUUUUCAAUCUACCUGUAGAAGCGUUUCUUUUUUUGCAUAAUGAUGACAAUGUUGAAAUAAACAUCUGGGGAAGCAGAAACACUUGAUGAAAUUGACCAGAGACUAAUUGAAGUCCAUUUUGUUUUGCUUACAUCAAUCCUGACCUUUUGCACAUACUUGAUAUUUAACGGUCUUCAAAAAAGUAAAAGAAAAUAAUGCUGUUUGAAUACUGCCAGUUGAUUGACAAUUAUGCAUUGAUUGAAAAAAAUAAGCUAAUUUUGGAGGAAAUAACUUUGUAAUAUUUAUCUCUUGCAAGCUAUGUUUAAUAAAGGUUGAACCAA